AUGGUGGCUAACGCUACCACCAACCCAUCACAGCUUCUCCCUCUAGAGCUUGUGGACAAGUGUAUAGGAUCAAGGUUCACAUUGUGAAUUCACAUUGUGAUGAAGAGUGAUAAGGAGAUUGUUGGCACACUUCUGGGAUUUGAUGAUUUUGAAAUCAUACCAGAAGGAAGAAUUACUAAAUUAGAUCAAAUUUUACUAAAUGGAAAUAAUAUAACAAUGCUGGUUCCUGGAGGAGAAGGACCUGAAGUAUGA